AUGAAUUUUCUUAAUGAAAGACUCGAAAAAAUGGAUCCCGAGUUGUUUGAUAUUAUCGAAAACGAAAAGAAAAGACAAAAGGAAAGCGUUGAUUUGAUUCCUUCCGAGAACUUUACAUCAAGAGCUGUUAUGGAUGCUCUUGGAAGUGUCAUGCAAAACAAGUACUCUGAAGGUUAUCCUGGAGCAAGAUACUAUGGUGGUAACGAGUUCAUUGACAUGUCUGAAAAUCUUUGCCGUAAGAGAGCAUUGGAAGCAUUUGAUCUCAAUUCUGAUAAAUGGGGCGUCAAUGUUCAGCCUUUGUCUGGUGCUCCUGCUAAUUUAUAUGUGUAUGGUGCACUAUUAAAGCCUCAUGAACGCUUAAUGGGCCUCGAUCUUCCCCAUGGUGGACACUUGUCCCACGGUUAUCAAAUUCCAAACAAAAAGAUAUCCAAUGUGUCUGCUUAUUUUGAAACCUUGCCUUACCGUUUAGAUGAAUCCACUGGUCGCAUUGAUUAUGAAGCGUUAGAAAAGAACGCUAUGCUUUAUCGACCCAAGAUCAUCGUUGCUGGUGCAAGCGCCUAUGCUCGUAAUAUUGAUUAUGCUAGAAUGAGAGAUAUUGCCGAUAAAUGUGGAGCUUAUUUAAUGGCUGACAUUGCUCACAUCUCUGGUUUGAUUGCUGCUGGUGUAUUACCAGGCCCUUUUGAACAUGCUGAUAUUGUCACAACUACCACUCACAAAUCCCUUCGUGGUCCUCGCGGUGCCAUGAUCUUUUUCAGAAAGGGACUUCGUAGUGUAGAUAAGAAGGGCAGAGAAACUUACUAUGACCUUGAAAACCCCAUUAACCAAUCCGUUUUCCCUGGUCACCAAGGUGGUCCCCAUAAUCACACUAUCAGCGCUCUUGCCGUUGCUUUAAAGCAAGUCAAGUCCCCAUUAUUUAAAGAAUACCAACAACAAGUUUUGAAGAAUAAUGCUGCAUUUGCCGAACGCUUCCUUCAGCUUAAUUACGACCUUGUCUCUGGAGGCACAGACAACCAUUUGCUACUGGUCGACUUGCGUUCAAAAGGUGUCGAUGGUGCUCGCGUCGAACGCGUUCUGGAACUGGUGAACAUUGCUGCCAACAAAAAUACAGUCCCUGGUGACAAGAGUGCACUUAUCCCAGGUGGUCUUCGUAUCGGUACACCCGCCAUGACAAGCCGUGGUUUGAUGGAACAGGAUUUUGUCAAAGUUGCAGACUUUAUUGACCGCGCUGUUCAAAUCACUCUAGAAGAAAAGAAGAAGGUUGACGGCAAGAAGUUGACUGACUUUAAGAAUCACAUUGGUGAUGGAACUGCCAUUUCAUCUAUUAUAGACCUUCGAAAGGGUGUCAUUGAUUUUGCUUCUGAAUUCCCAACAGUUGGUUUUUGGGAAUCUGAAAUGAAAUUUUAA